GCACCUCCCGCUCUCCACCUCCGAUCCCCCUGCGUCAACGUCUACGUCCACAACCUGCUCGAUGCUACACCGACCGUAACUCCCCCAUCUCGACCCUGAGUGUCCGAUCGAAGCACGUUCCCGUCGUCGAAUACACGACGCCGAUUGCGUGACUCACAGCCAGGGAGGCAACAUCGCCAAGAUGUUGUCCUUCAAACGGGCUCUCGUUUUUGCCGCCUUCUUCCUGACUGUCUUCCUUCUUCUGCGGCAGUCCCAUGGCACCACCUCCGCAGACGAAUCCUUGGGGCCGCCAAUCCCCAAGAAACCUGCAGACGACGACAAGUCUGGCAAGAACCUUGCAUCUUAUACUUCUGACGAGUCCUCGUUACUGCGACAAAACCGUGUUCCGGCCCGCGAGAACCUGCAGGACAUGCACAAGAUGUCACUGUACGACAAGCUAGCAUACCAAUACCCCUAUGACGUCGAAACGAAGUUUCCCGCCUACAUCUGGCAGACGUGGAAGUGGACGCCUGCGAACAAGGAAUUUGAUUUCCGGGAGCAAGAAGCAAGCUGGACCGAACAACACCCCGGUUUCAUUCACGAAGUCAUCACCGAUCAGGUCGCUAUCCACUUGAUACGACUUCUCUACGCUGCCGUCCCCGAGGUGCUGGAGGCCUACGACGCCCUCCCGGAACCAGUUCUCAAGGCUGACUACUUCCGCUAUCUAAUCCUGUUGGCACGAGGCGGAAUCUACUCGGACAUUGACACAUUCGCCAUCAAAAGCGCAUCAGAGUGGAUCCCAGACAAAGUGCCCAAGGAGAGCCUAGGUCUGGUGAUCGGAAUUGAGGCUGAUCCCGAUCGUCCUGACUGGAUGGAAUGGUACAGCCGUCGCAUUCAAUUCUGCCAGUGGACCAUUCAAUCGAAGCCUGGCCAUCCUGUACUCCGCGAUAUCGUGUCACGCAUCACCCACGAGACCCUGAAAAGGAAGCGCGAAGGUCUGUUCGUGUCCAAAGAAAAGAGCGUAGUGGAGUUCACCGGCCCGGCCAUUUGGACCGACGUCAUUUUCGAUUACUUCAACGACAACCGCUAUUUCGAUAUGAGCCAUAGUAAGGGCAAUAUCUCAUAUCUGAACUUUACGGGGAUUGAAAGUCCGAAGAAGGUGGGGGAUGUGGUUGUCUUACCCAUCACGAGCUUCUCUCCGGGUGUUGGGCAGAUGGGCGCAAAGACCGUUGACGAUCCAAUGGCUUUCGUCAAGCAUGAUUUCGAAGGCACAUGGAAGCCGGAAUCAGAACGGCACAUUGGGGAGACGAAUUAGCGGUUUGUUAUUGCACCAUAUGAGCAUUGGAAAAAGGGGCACACCUCCAGCCCAUCUCAUUGACCUUCUUGCAUUUUUAUUUCCCUUUUCUGUUCGGUCUAGACAAGGCGCCAGGCGCAGCUUGCAUGCAUUGAGUUCCAAAAUACACGAUGAAACGCAUGAGCUGUAUAUACCCAAA